UGAAACUAGUCACUCCCAUGCUACAGGCUGGACAGAAUAAAUCUGCAAACAUCCAAAGGUGAUCUCAGUACCUGGGUCUGAUCUUCCAAAGCAUAGACAUGGACCUGGACAUUGACUUGGAAGAACUUUGCAAGUUGGUCGUUAUAGGUGCAGGGGGCGUUGCAACUGUGGCUGCGACUCCUGCUGCUCUGGCAGCAAUGGGUUUCACUGCCACUGGAAUAGCAGCAGGCUCCGUUGCUGCCAAACUGAUGUCCUAUUUGGCCAUCGCGGGUGGUGGAGGAGUUGCAGCAGGAGGUUUUUUUGCAACCCUUCAGUCAAUUGCCAUGGGCGGUCUGUCAUGGCUUGGCGCUGGAUUUUUGGGGGGUGCUGGAUCAACAGCAGGAUGGGUCCUAUCAAGGAUCUGUAAUGGUACUGGGACAGACAGUAUGUUAUUACAUUAGACUUACAGCAUGAAUGUCUGCCUAGUUUUCUCUCUACCAAAUGAACUGCACGUAAUGUUUUGCAUUAAAUUUUCAUAUUUUCCGCCUAUGCAAUAAGUUUCUUCAAGGGCAUUUGUUGUGUUUGUUUGUUUUCAUGGGGGAUCUUCUGGAUGUAAUUUUUCUAUGCUAUGCGUAUGGCUGCUACUUAGGGGAAAAAAAAGACUGAAGUAAAAAUAAAAAAUAAAGCUGUUAACUUGACAAUUAGUGAGCACAUGAUGUACUUCAUACUUUACACUAAUUACAGCUAGGUAAUAUACUGUUUUAGGACUUCAAGAUGCAGAUGUGAUUUCCAGGAUUUUCAUGAGUUCUGAUGUUUUUGUUGAUUUUUUUUUUUUUUUAAAGUUCAUUACUAUGAUGGACCUGUGAGUUUUUGAGUCAUUCCAAAUAAAAAUUCUUGCAAAACUGAAA